CGGAAAAAGUAGCGAAGAAGAAGGAGGAGGAAGUGUGUGAUGGAUUCUGAGAAAGCAUUAGAGCUAGUGAAGCAUGGAGCUACGCUUCUAUUUCUCGACGUUCCUCAGCAUACACUUGUUGGAAUCGACACUCAGAUUUUCUCAGUUGGACCAGCUUUCAAAGGGAUUAAGAUGAUACCUCCUGGGAUUCACUUUGUAUUCUAUAGUUCAUCAACCAGGGAUGGUAAAGAGUUUUCACCAACCAUUGGCUUCUUUGUUGAUGUUGGGACUUCUCAGGUUAUUGUGCGCAAAUGGAAUCAGCAAGACGAGUGGUUAGGAAAAGUAUCUGAAGAAGAGGAAGAGAGAUAUUCUCAAGCAGUCAGGUCUUUGGAGUUUGACAAACAUCUUGGCCCAUACAAUUUAAGUAGAUAUGGAGAAUGGAAGCACCUAUCUAAUUACAUUACGAAGGAUGUUAUUGAAAAAUUUGAGCCACUUGGAGGAGAAAUCACAGUCAUCUAUGAAUCUGCUAUUCUAAAAGGUGGGCCUAAAACAGCAAUGGAAAAAGCACUUGAUGCACAGAUGAAGAAAGGCAAGUUUAAGGCAUCAUCUACUGAGGAACCAAAAGAGAAUAGGUUUUACUACACUUCUAUUCCUCGGAUUUUAAAGCACAAGGGAAUGUCUGGGCAGGAGCUGACCUCUAUGAAUCAUGACAAGACUCAACUGCUAGAAAGUGUAUUGUCAAAGGAGUACAAAGACUCGGAAGACUUACUUCUUGGAGAGCUACAAUUUUCUUUUGUAGCAUUUCUGAUGGGACAGUCUCUUGAGUCCUUCAUGCAGUGGAAGUCCAUAGUUAGUCUUUUAAUGGGCUGCAUCCAUGCGCCUUUUCACACAAGGAGUCAACUAUUUACAAAGUUCAUCAGAGUCAUCUACCAUCAACUAAAAUAUGGACUACAAAAAGAGAGUAGUGAUCCUGAGAUGGGCGUUCAUGCACUUCUUGAUGAUUCUUGGCUAGCUUCCGAUAGCUUUCUGCAUUUGCUUAGCAAGGACUUUGUUGCACUAGUGGAAGAGGCAUCUGUAGUUGAUGGAGAUUUAUUGUCGUGGACAAGGAAGUUCAAAGAGUUGCUUGAAAACAGAUUAGGAUGGGAGUUUCAGAAGAAGAGCGAAAUUGACGGGAUUUACUUUGAGGAAGAUGAUGAGUAUGCUCCUGUGGUUGAGAUGUUGGAUGAAAGUCAUGAAGAAUAUAUGGUCACUUAGACGAUGGUGAUCGAUGCAGCCUGUCUUCAUAGCUUCUUCAGCUUUUGACCUCUCAAGCCAUUCCAAAAAGCAGCUGCGUUGAUAGCUUUUUUGCCAGGAAGCUGG